UCCACUUCCUGCUUCGCCGCUCAAAGUUUUUCCUCCGGUGAAGAGGAGAGAAGACUUUUGAACGGAGUAAAACCGACCACCAGCUUCAUUUCAUGCCUCAGACUUUAAAAUCACCACCGGACACAUUUCGGACUCUAUGAUUCGACCGAAAACAUCGAUAUUUAUUCGUCCGCCGCCAAAUCCUAAAACAUGGAGGACCCAAGCAGACCUCAGCGAAAAAUGUCAACAGCAGGAGACAGCCUGUACAAAGUCCUUGGACUGGAGAAAGGAGCAUCUUCAGAAGAAAUUAAGAAGGCAUACAGGAAACUUGCGUUAAGGCAUCACCCUGAUAAGAACCUAGAUAAACCGGAUGCUGCUGAGAAAUUCAAGGAGAUCAACAACGCCAACUCCAUCCUCAGUGACGAAAAUAAAAGAAAUAUCUAUGAUGAGUAUGGGUCCAUGGGGCUCUAUGUGGCCGAGCAGUUCGGGGACGAGAGCGUCAAAUAUUAUUUCCUCAUGUCCAAGUGCUGGUUCAAGGCCCUGUUUGUAUGCUGCAGUAUUUUCACCUGCUGCUGCUGUUUCUGCUGCUGCUGUUUCUGCUGUGGGAAAUGCAAAGCGCCAGAGGACCAGGAAAACUUCCCCUACAUGGACCCCGAGGACCUGGAGGCAGAGAUCAGAGAGCAGGAUGCAGCAGGAGACCAUGUAAUAGUUAUUCAGCCGAGCGCUGACACCUCAGAUAAAGUCAACACCUCUUCAGGUGAGAAUGCACCGAUCGUGAUUCAGCCUCACGCGGCUAACGGCAACUCAUAAACCAAGUGAGUGAAGUUCCAGUAAAACCACAGCAGCAGCGCUGAUCAUUGCUGGAGACAAUGAGCAUCAAUUACAUGUUUGAAUGUGUCAGAAAACAUUCGUCCGAGAGUCGUUUUUGUUUAAAUGAAACGAGCAGCGAUCUGAUUCUGCCAUAUUUUUUGGUGCCAGUGGUUCUGUCUUUGAUCCAGUCUCGUAUUUAUUUUUACCUUUUUAUUCUUUAAAUAUUGGAUAGUAUCUGGACUGCAGUGACGAAGCUCAAAGCCAUGCAGAUCAAAGCUCUGGAAUAAUUAGGUUUUUUUUCAUGUGCACUUUAAUAUCUCUAGUUCAGGUUAAAAUCCUGAAGCUGCCGCGACGGGCUGAGAACAUUUUGACUCAAGAUGCCCUUCGGUCAGAAAUGUUUUAAUAUUUUUUAAUGCUACAUAAAAAGGCUGUUUCUCAAUUAUUAAAAAAGCCAACUGCUCGGAGAAUUACGAGGUGUUCAGUCAUGCUGCACAUAUUGUAGAGAAAAAUUAAAGGGCUUAUUGAAAUGCUGUACAGAAUAUUGUGACAAAAUCAGACAACGUAUUUAUUUGUUGUGUAUUGUAAAUAGCACAACUAGAAUUAACAAAGUGAUGCUGAUGGGCAUUACCGGAAUAAUUCAAAGUUUUUUGGGAGGAGUGCUUAUAAACUUUACUUAACAAUCGUAUGUUUACGGAGUUGGCUAUGUGAGUCUUUUAAAGGAAUAUUUUACCCACAAAAUGAUCAUUGUAUAUCAGUUACUCACUCUGUGUUACAUUGAAAAGGUGAAGAAAAUUUUGGUUCUCUUGAAUGCCAGGAAAAAUGCGUUUCUCAAACAUGCAUUUUUAGGAAAAAUGGCACUGAGCGUACAACUUUUUUGGACUUACUUGGAUUAUACUGCACGAGUUGUGUGAGAAUUUGUAAACAGAUUUUUUGAUAAAGUUUUGCUGUUUUCAACUUGAAUCCAUCAAUAUUUUUCUCAGUUUUUGGGUUCUGCAUUCACUGUGAGGGCAUGUGAGAAAACGUUUUCUUCACAAAUUCAGUGCAACACAGGCUGGGUUACCGAUGUAGAAAUGAUUGUUUUGUAGUUAAAGUAUUCCUUUAAAACUACGGUGAAUUGCAAAUAACAAAACAACAGCAGGGUUUGGUGAUUUUAGGGUCCAAAUUUGAUUUAUUUUCAGGCGCUUUCAUGUGAUCAAACACUAAAUUGGAUAUAAGUACACAGUUUCAUUUUCUAAUUAUGACUAUGUAAUUUGUCUUAACAGUAUUUACAAAUCUGAAUCUGGUAGUUGAAAUAACUUGAUUCAUAUCAGGAUAUGAUAUGAAAAAGAAAUAUAUUGAAAUAGCUCUUUAAGUGAUGCUUGUAGUACUUUUGGUUAGCUCACUGAACCUGAACACGAGGUGACCUCAAGAAAAACGGUACUAAUUACAGCCGGGCGUCGCUACCAUACCUUUAAAGUAUUGACUGAAAUUUGAAAUCUUCUCCAGUCAAAUGAUGCCUGCAUUUAAUCCUUUUUGAACCCACAUUUAGAAAACAGGUUAUUUGUUCGGUCUUGUUUGCAGCCAAUCACUGCAGGCGUUCUGUGAUGUAAUGCGACAUGUGACCGGCCCAGUACCGCGGCGGCUCCAAUCCAAACAGUGUGUGGUGCUUUGAGAUUGAGCGUGGUGUUUUUUAUGGAGUUUAGCGUGCAGAGAUGCCACCAAAAUGUUUAAAAUUAUGGCUUUAACAUAACAGGCCUGAGGUGUCUGAAAGGUCCAGUGUGAAGGAUUUAGGUGGAUAUUCUGGCAUAAAAGGAGCACAGUAUAACAAGUAUGUUUUCUUUAGUGUUUAAUCACCUGAAGGUAAGAAUCUUUGUGUUUUUGUUACCUUAGAAAGAUUGAUUUAUGUCUACAUAGGGAACAGAUCCUCGUCUGUGGAGAUCGCCACGUUGCACCGUCAUGUUUCUACAGCGGCCCAGAACAGACAAACCAAACCUAAUCAGGCACAUUUAUUUUCAUGUUUUUAUAUUGUCCACGUUUGCAGCUAGCAGUUUUGUAAAAACACUUAUUUUUAACACGAAAAUUCUUUAUUUAGUGUUUUUUUUUUUUUUACGGGUUUCUGUCACUGGAUCCAUUUGUUUGGAGAGAAAGUGGCCCCUGUGGAUAAUUCAGCUCACGGUAAAAAACUUUCUAAACGUCUGGAUCACUAGCAGGUGCUGCCAGUUUUGACAUGCCAAACAGCUUUGUAGAAACGCUGAUUUUUAACAUGAAACUCCUUUAUUCAGUGUUUUUAUGUGUUUUAAUCAUCUCGUCAGUUUGUUUUGGAGAGGAGGAGACCCCUGUGGAUAAUUCGGCUUCUGGUAAAAAUCUCACAAACAAUUAAAACUGUAUGAAUUCUAGUCAGCAGAAGUUUCAGUUGCUUGUAAUCUUAAAUCCUCACAUCUAGAGGCCACUUAAUCCCUUUAAAUCUUACACACUGUUCCUUUAUUCACAGAGGGGGUAUUUAAUGAAGUAGGAAAAAAAGGCGUCUAAUUAAAUACUCUUGGUAUCAAUAUCACUUUAAGGGUACUGGUAUUAACUCUUCUUACCAUUGAUUUUAAAACAAACUUCAAUCGACAACAAAACGACUUUUGCCAAAUAUUCUGGUUGUAUUUUCUCGCGUGUUGAGGCCUUUUUCAAAGAUCUCUCUCAGUGCUGUGUGAUGAUUAUCGCCUGUAUGUGCCGUGAAAUGAUGCUUGAUACAGAAAAUGUGUUUUUAUGUAAAUUAAGAGGUAUAUUUUUGAUUGGAGGUUUUAUGACAAAUUGAGUGUAUAUUUAGGUAAUAAAGCCUUAAAUUAUGUCGACUUUCAUCAUGUUUGUAUUAUAUUUUUAUCUGCUGGGUGUAGGAAUGUUGUUUUUUGCAUUUGUUACAAAUUUAAAUACUAUAUGUACAUCAUUUUUAGCGUUUUAUCUGUUUUGUGUCCCGACUAUGUAAAGUUUAAAUAAUCCCAGAAACGUAUGUGAAUGUCAGUUUUGUAUACUUGAUGGAAACUUCACAAAAGUGCCUGAGUAGAUUAUAGUGGGAUUUCUUUUUCGAUCAUUAACAAGAAAAAUAUAUAUUUUGCUAUCUGAACAUUCCCAGUUUGUUUUUAUUUCUUCCAACUUUUUGUUUCUGUAAAAUUAACGUUUGUCUGAUGAAAUAAACUUUGGUGGGACUGAAAAUGUCCAAA